UGUUUCCCUGUUUUGUAUUUGUUUAUGUGUGUUCGUAUUCGUGUUUUGUGUUUGCGUUCGUGUUACCUGUUCGUGUUGUGUGUGAUGUGUAGUCUCGAUACACACAUAGAUACGUACGAACGAAACCUCACUUAGUGCUUUACCCGGGACCUUCACAGAUUACAGAAGAAGAGAGAACAGACGCAGCGAUCAUGUUUUCCUCCCUGAGCCAUCUGGCGUUCACCUGUCUUCCCCGUGACCAACUGGCAGCCUUCCUCUCCUCUCACCAUCACCAUAACUCCGACCAAGCCUCCGGUACACCUCCUCCAGGCGGACACCAGGAGAGUGGCGGGUGUGGGGGGAACAGCCAAAAAGAAGAUGGGGACGGUACUCCUCGCCUCAACGUACCACAUCUUCAGGACCUCAUAGGGAAGGAAGCGCUUCAGUACCGGCCAUCAGUUAGAUUAUCUCAGGACGAGAGUUCGGCGUUGGCAGCGGCAGGUCGUCAGGCGCGGCAGCUGGUCGUGUGGACGUACGACUCUCUACAGCGCCUACAGACACAUCACGCGACCUGGCCGUCCGUGCUGCAUGACUUGGUGCGAGACGCGGUCACGGACAUCUCAAAACCCACGUACGGAAAGCAGUGUCUCGAGGAGGUGAAGCGAGAUCUCGGCUGGAAGAAGUAA